AGCGAUUGCAGUCGGGCAAGCCGACAGCCCGUUGAAAAUCAACCGUUCGAUCGGUUCCGAUUCACUCCCCACAGCCUUUGCAUCAAUGCCGCUUGACGAGACGCUUGACCUUGCAUCUGAAGAACCCCGGGGGAGAAGCAAUGGGGACUCCGGGGUUGAAAGGAACCCACAGGUCACUGGGGAAGCAACGCUGCUGAAGGAGCUUGUGGCCGAACUCAGAGCGCUGAACGAAAAUAUUGGGCAACUCGGGCACUUGAAGGACCUCAGUGACCAGCUCCCUCGCAUUCAGUCUAUUCUGGACGAAGCUUACCCCCAACGUCCCCUUCAGCAGCAUGCACGACCGGAAGCUGGUGUCGAUCAGGAGACUCAGGACAAGGAAGGGACCAAUGAGGCUGGCGAGAGCGGCGAACUCGCCCAAGAACCCCCGCAGCAGCAAUCGCCUCAAGAACUUGAAGUCAACCGGGACGAGGCAGAGAUUGGUGGUGGGGGAGAGCGCAGCACGCUUGACCACCCACGACGCAAAGUCGGGGAGAAAGUCGUGCCCGAAAUCGAGGCACAGAGCGAUCCUUACCACGGAGACACCGGUGAGGACGACAAUAACAACCCAUCAGCCAGCAUUGAUUCACGGCGUCAGGGAGAGUUUGAUACGAUGGUCGCGCUGGACUCCAAGUUGUUACCAUCACCCGAGUCCUUAGUUUCCAUCCGCCAACGUCUCGAGGAGGCCGUAAGUCCGUGUUGUUGCCACGAACGGGUGACUUGGUCGGCCGUCGCAAACGAUCCAAGGGAGGCAGGGCACCACGCAUUUCAGGAUGUCGUUCUCGCCGUACCAGCCUCUUUACCUUCAGCUUCUGGACUGAUGGAGAUCACAUUACAUCCGACGACUGAUGCCGCAACGCCAAGAGUGAGGGGGCAACUGGAAGACUGCAGGGAAUUCAUCAAGACAUCAUGGCCCCGACACCCUGGUGAGAGUGAUGACGAGCGGGACUUUUCCAGUGCAUCUGGUGUGGUCACUGUGGAGCGAGGCCCGUUCUGGUUCUUCAGGGGCGCGAACCAUGAUUGUCUCACAAACUUCCGGUUUUACGUGCUGUCGUCGCAACACCGGCUCCUGCUCACAACGCCAAAAUGGGCACAAUGCGAUGGGAAAUCUCCACAGACGAAAGUCACCUCCAUACGCGUGCCCGGAUGCCACCCGGAUUUCGAAUGGUGGCGAAAUUCAGAUGAAGAAAUGCACAUAGGAAGGCUAUGGUACGCCUACCAGGGCCUUCGUCUGGCAUACCGGGAAUGUUGUGACGAUGGAAUCAGCCGCCUACAUUCUCUCUUUGCGAAUCCAAUUCGCCCGGGAACGCGGCAGCGGGGUCGAUGACCGUGAUUUUGCUUGCUACUGCGCAUUCUUCGCUGCCUUCCUCAACAGCUGGAAUAAGGCUCACGAAUGGACAGAAAGCAACUUGCGUCACAUGUAUCC